AUGGGCUUCCUAACGGAAAAUUUAGACGUCCUUCAGGCUCAGAACAACUGUCAGCAUCUCUUAAUAGUUGGGGACCUCAAUCACCAUUUCAUCCAGUCAGCAUAUGAGGACCUUCUCACAGUUCACGGGCUGACAGAUUACGUCGAUUUCCCGACGCACAUCCUCGGUAGAUCUCUCGACCCUGUUAUAUCGGAUCUAACUGAGGACUUUAUCUCUUGCUCACCGCUCGGCAAUAUAGGGACAUCAGAUCACCUUGCAGUUGUAUCACAUCUUUGCCUCGCCCCCGCAGCUGAUGAAAGGAGACAAAGAAAAAUAUGGCUUUGGAACCAUGCAAACUGGCCAGGUAUGAAGGCAGAACUUCAGUCACAAGACUGGGAUGUUCUCCUGGUGGGGAAUGCAAACGACAAAGCUUCUUCCAUUACCAGCCUCCUCACUGAAAUGCAGGAGAAAUACGUCCCUUCACAGACAUAUAUCACAAAACCCGGGGACCAAGCCUGGUUUGGCUACAGAUGUCAUCAAACCUCCAAAAAGAAAUACAGAUUGUGGCAAAGAUGGCAAGAGGACACGAAGCGCAGACUGUCAACUUUAGGAGCAGGCAGCAAGGAGUGGUGGUCGCUCGUCAAGGAGCACCAAGGGGAAACCCGGGAACCCACAAUGCCUCCACUAACCAAGCCCGAUGGAACAACUGCCUCGAGCAACCGGGAAAAAGCUAACCUUCUGGGAAGCAUGUUCAGUUGUAAAAUGACAGUGCCAGAUGCUAACAGGGCACCACCAGAGAUACCCUCAAUGUGCCAUGAACAACUCCCUGGUAUUCAAAUCUGUCGCACCAGAACAAAAGAGAUCCUUCAGAACCUAAACACAAAGAAAGCCCCAGGUUCAGAUGAUAUUAGCCCACAUAUUCUCCGUAGCAAAGUAUUUGAAAAGAUUAUUGCUGAACAGCUCAUGAAACACCUGGAAAACCACAAUCUUAUUUCCGCCAGACAGUUUGGUUUUAGAUCCUCCAGAUCGACUGCUGACCUGCUUCUACUGCUGAGUAAAUACUGGCAGGAUGCUCUUGAUGCCGGUCAAGAUACUCUGGUGAUCGCCCUCGACAUCGCCGGCGCCUUCGACCGAUCAUCCCAGAAGUAUCCGGUAGAGGCUUCAGUACCACAAGGAUCUGUACUUGGCCCAAUCCUCUGGAAUAUUUAUAUUGAUGAUAUGCUGAGGGAACAUCCUGAAAUCAAUGCAUAUGCCGAUGACUGUACACUUUCUGUUUCAUACCAACGUGAGGACCAUGACGCUGUAGCAACGAAUAUGAAUUCAAAGCUGCAAGCAAUCUACGAAUGGGGAUCACAAUGGCAAAUAAGAUUUGCCCCCAACAAGACCCAGGCAAUGGUUAUAUCCCGCUCUCCAGCUGCAUCAGGCGUCAUGAAAGACACAAUCUUAAUGAACAACACCGCCCUCCCACUCGAGGACUUGAUCUCAGUCCUCGGUAUUGACAUAGACAGUGGUCUAAGAUUUAACAGACACGUCAGCAGGAUUUGCAAAACAGCUUCCCUGAAGGUGACAGCCCUUCAACGCAUAUCUCAUCUCCUGAAUCCUCAGGGAAUUCUCACGCUAUACAAGUCCCAGAUCAGACCACACCUAGAAUAUGCCUCGUUGAGCAGCACGUCUGUGGAAUGCAUUCACAUCCAACAUCGAUGUCGCCGAAAUGACAACAUAACAAGUGAAGGCAGCGGCUCACCGAUGGCGGUCGAGCCAGCCAUCACCUCUUAA